AUGGAUUCCUGGGCAGACCUCCAAGGACCGGCGCGGAAGAGAAUGAGAAAAGGCACCAAGAGCUGUACAGAGUGUCGGCGACGUAAGAUUCGAUGCACAUUCCACCCUGAUCGCCCGAGCAUUUGUAAUGAAUGUCGAUCCAGAGGAAUGCAAUGUGUCGACCAAGAGCAUACUAUCAUCACCCCUCCGCUAUCGGGAUCAGGUUCCCAGCAAGCGGAACAGCCAUACAGUCUCCGAGAGCGAGUGACUCAGUUGGAGAAUAUUGUAGAGGGUUUGACUAAACGAUUAGACCGACAGAGCACAAUUACCCCACCUUGUGAGCGCCAUGAUGCAACUCAACAGGCGCAAUGUAUAACAGCCCACUCAAAGCCACUGGCGACUGAACCAGACGAACUAGGCCCAUCCAGUGACCAGAUUCGAGAUGCACCCGUUCUACAACUUUUCGACAACUAUCUCGUCAGUCGUCAAGAGGACUCAUCAAGCAAUGAUAAAUUUACCGGCAUCAAGGAUAUGUCGCCAAAAGCACAAGCCGUUCGAGCAGAGCUCUUAUCUCUCCUUCCUCCCAGAGAAGACAUGAACAAGAUCAUCAAUGCAUCAUUUCAUUGGUUUGUGUGGCAGGAUCACUUUCCGGAGCUGUUUGAUCGACGUGAAAACAAAAUUAAUAUCACUGAUCGUUGUUGCGAUGAAUUGGUGGCCCCUGCCGAAGUCGCAAAAGCGUUGAUGUGUUUAUGCAUUAGUGCAGUCCAUGCACCACCCGAAUUCGAUUGGCGCACGUUGAGUGUGCCAUUUGAACCGGGUAGGUUCCACAAUCAAUGUGUCGAUGUGGUAGACCAUUUGAUUGUGCGCGACGAUGAGUUUGCGGCUACCUUGCCUGGCAUAGAAUCACAGAUGCUGCUUUCCAAGAUUCACCUAACCGAAGGCCGGCUCAGAAAAGGCUGGCUGGUAAAUCGUCGAGCGAUUGAGUUUGCCCAUCUAGCUGGAAUGCACCUCUCAACUAAGACGAAAAGGCCGGGAGAUACACUCUUUGAUCGACGCCUAAAAAUUUGGUGCUCACUCGCCACCUCGGAUCGAUCAUUAAGUCUGAUUCUGGGUCUGCCCUAUGGAAUAGCGGAGGCAUUUUUUAUGCCACAAAUAAAACAACGCCUCAAAUCAGAUAUAUCGGCUCCGGAGAGAUACCUUCUGCGCAUUGGCAUUACAACGGGGCAUAUGGUGGAUCGUAACCAAGAUCCAUCCAAAAUGACCCUCGCAGCAACAAUGAACUUGGACCAAGAGCUGCAAGAUUCUUGGAAAUCAAUGCCAAGUCAUUUCAGGGCUGCAGAACCUUUUCCGAAUGAGAAGUGGGAGCAUUACAUCGAGCGAGUCCCCUUGCAAUUUAUGCUCAAGCUACUGCGGGCACUUCUCCAUCUUCCUUUGAUGUUGAAGUCUCCAAUCGACCCUCAAUUUUAUCCCAGUCACUGCAUCGCGCUUGAGGCCGCGAGAGAGGGAUUAGUCCUCUACAAAGUUCUUCGGUCCACCACAAAACCUUACUUAGGCAAAAUGCUGGACUUUUUGGCUUUCACGCUAGGUCUGCUUCUGAUCAUCCACCUAGAAGGCUAUUCCGACGAGACCCCUGAUCACAGCAUGGAAAAAGAUGAGGAAGACUGGGCAUUGGUCAAAGAUCUCGUCGAGACUCUUCGUCGGGCGGCAACAGAGCUAGGAGGCUCAGUUGCUGGCGAGUCAGCAAACAUUUUAGGCGCCAUUUUUGACACUAAAAACUUCAAAAAGGACAGACACAACUUUUCAGGCUGCAAGAUCACCGUGCCAUACUUCGGUACUAUCACAGUAGGCGCAGGCACCAAGUUCUCCAGGGGUGCUACCAAAAGUAAAGAUCAAGCAUCCACUGUGACAGAUACGCCUGGAACGGAAGCUUCUUUGACAGGACAAUGUCCUACCCAACUCUAUACACCGCCAAUGUCUGAUCCGGAAGGUUCAUCUGCAAGUGCAGAUUCCAUGAACCAUAGUUCCCUCACACCAAGCAUGGGGCCUGGAUACCCGGACAACCCGUGGCUUCCAAGAAGUGAGGUACCCCAGAGUGAUGCACCCGCGAAUCCGUACAUCGGUAUGGAACUCAACGCCUUCAGUGGACUAUUUGAUGAUUUUGGUCAAUAUAUGUGGCCGAAUCCCAACGUUGACCUUGGACUCGACCAGGGCUGGGAUCUGAACUGGUUCGAUGGAGUGCCACCGUCAGAUAUUCGGCCUCCAGGAGUGCCUCCGCCUUGA